GGGCAACAGGGCGGCGUGGGCUGGAGGGGACGGCUGGUGGCAGGUUUCGCCCGGCUUGCCGGGCCCAAGUGAGGCGGCGACGAAGGUGCGUGCGGGCCCUGGGUGCAGGACGCGUGGGGACCCUUGCGAGCCGCGGGCUGGGCACUCAGCCGGCCACCUCGGACCCUGUCCAGACUCGGCGGUCCAGGGCUGCCCUGCGGGCCGCGUGCGAGAAGGACUCUCUGGAGACCCCGGGGCGCCGCACCCCUCCUUCCCACUUGGGCCUCCAGUGGGAGCCCGGUUCCCGCUCCUCUGGUCAGUGUGGGGCUCCCAGGCCUGCUCGAGACUCUCUCCAGAGAAGGAGCCCCGCCUUGGGCCGCUCGUCGCACACGUGCCGUGGGUCCGGGACGCGCCCCUGUGUCGGACUCCGCGCCGGCGCGCAUAGGAGGAAGCCAGGACUUCCGGGCGACCCCGCCGUGUUUGUGGCUUGUGUCAGCUCCACAACAGCACGUGGGCCCUCUCCACCAUCAGCCACUGGGCAGCCCGGGGCACUCCUGCGCCUCCCAGGCCCUAUCCAGGACAGGGGAAGGUUGGGCGGCCAGCACUGUGGUGUGCGUGUCUCAAGAGCAGCUGCCCAUCGGGCCUCUGCUGGCCUGGCAGCUCCAAGAUGCAAGACCGGCAGCAGCUCGGGGAAGAGCCUUUGAGUGACUUCCAGGCGGAAGCAGCCAAGGCUUCCCUCCGAGUGGCACCUGAGAGGCUGAGUGAUGACAGUUUGGAAUGGAUACGGAUCUCCCCUGACCUUCUCCUGCCGGGUGGGAAAACCAGCAACUCCCUGCCCGGUGAGGGUGGUUCCACCUGCACCACCCGGUGUCCUGACCCUGGGGAGCACAGCAGCACUUGGGGGGAGUUUGAAGGCUUUCGGGAAUCUUCAGCUAAGUCCGGACAAUUCUCGCAGUCCCUGGAACUCCUGGAGGGACCCACAGAACUCCAGCCACCGAGAACCACUUCUGCCCCAAAGGAGUGCAGUUCUCACCAGCCGUGCCAGGGUGGACCUUGGGUGACAGGAACUGCUGCUAUCCCACCUUCUGAGCCCAUUCUCAGCAAUGAGAACAUUUUAAAGUGUGCUUUUCAAGAAAUAACAGUUCAGCAGGCAGCUGAAGACAUUUCCACCCUAGACCAUUUCCUAGAAAUAAGCAGUGAGGAAAAGCCUGGCCUUGAAUGUGUGCAUAAAUUGUGUAAUGAAUCUAGAAAACUCUGGAGAGUCCUUCAGAACACAUACACGUCUGCUUCUCAGUGCCUCUGGAGCGAAUCUCAUUGCCAGGAGAAUUUUUUUCUCGUUCUCGGGAUAGAUGCCAUGCAGAAGGACCUUUCUGGAGGCCAGGGCCACAUCAUGGACGAUUCUGACCUCAAAGAGCCUGAAGGACUCCUGACUGUCAGCAGCUUCCGCCUCCACCAUUGCAAAGCCCUGAUCCAGACCAAGCUCUCGGGGCCGCCUCACAGCAGGCAGGGGAGCCUGAUGGCCUGCAGCCGCUUCCUGAAGACCCCCUUCUGUGGAGGUGGGCAGCACUUCACUCUUCCACGGAAAAAGAUGUUCACACCACGCAACCUAAAACUGACAUUCUUUAAUAGCGAUAUUUGCUAAAAUCAGGAGUACUUUA